AUGACAGCCGAGCGGGUGCCUGAUCUGCUUGUCCAGCCGUCUUCGUUCCAACAUCAAGCUUGGACGCUCAAGGGAUCGACAAACGUUUGGAGCUUGGUUCGGUGCAUUCGUCGCUCCUGGACGAAAACGUCCGACGCUCGCCUCCACCUUGCCUGCUUUUUGCAAGACAUCAGCGUCCAACCUGCCGAUGGUCUUGUGGCUGACGUACCGCCUCUCCAGUUUGUGUCUCUCCAGAACGUUGUUAAAGAUUACGUCUCCCUCAAACUUGCUCUUAAGUGCUCAAAGCUAUUCCAUAUACACUGCAUCGCUAUGAAGAAUCAAUGUUUCAUCGCGGCUGUUGCUGCGUUCGCAUCAUCAACCGUUCUUGCCGCCAGUAACGUCUGUACCAAGGAUGACUAUUCAUCAUUGUCAUGUCUGCAAGGCAACGAUGCGGCAGCGAGUGAGUGCUCGUCAAGAGUGCCCGCGUACACCACUACGAGGACGUUGACUGAUGCUUCGACGACCCUGUUCACAAUCUCAACCACGACCACGACCAGUAGCACGACACGAACGACCUUCGUCUCAACAACACCAGCCGCAAAGAAGACAGGAGCAACUGCUCGAAGACUCAAAGCAAGAGCAACAACAUGUGCCACAUCAGAAGCUCUGGAGAGUCUCUCGAGCAUGGGCGACGACGAGAUCGCAACAGCAUGCUCAUGUAUCGGCGACCAAGCUGCGACGAACACAGCAACAACGACCAUUACCACCCAAACCGCCGUUGAGUCCUUCACCCAAACUCUGAGCACCACCAGAACCGCAACCAUCACCCUUGCAGCACCCAGCUAUACCCACGUCUGGGGUCCUCAGGAAGGUUGCCAGGACACCACCGACCGAGACACUCUGCAACUCAGCAGCGACGUGACCGAGAAGAGCGACGCGCGACAGCUUUGCCAGGAUUGGUGUUCGCAGAAGAGUGUUUGCACUGGCCUUUACGUGCAAUACAUGUUCCCUGCGUAUGGCGUCACACCUUUCUGGCAAUGCUACGCGAAUGACCAUAAGUUUGAUGCAGACACCGAUCUUCUGUGCAACUUGACGACGAACAUCUGGGGCGAGGCGGAUGCUUACAAUGCUCUUGGAAGAGGUCAGCCAGCGUCGUAG